AUGGCUAUUCAUUACGUCGAAUCGAAUUGCUCUGCGCCUAGUAUCUCUAGGCAUGGUACUCCGGAGCAUGCUGCUCCAAAGCAAGAUGCCCCCGAACAUGCAGCUUCGGAGUCCAGCAUCACUAAGUCUAGUAGCUCGAAGCCUAGUACACCAGAGCAACAUGAUGCCAAAUCAGCCGACAUAGUUACAGGCAAGUCAGGCGAGCCCCACGAGCCAGUCGAGCCAGUCGAGCCAGUCAAGGCAGCCAAGGCAGAGGAGGAAGAGAAGCCAGUAUACCUCCCGCGUGCGGAUCGAAUGAAUCAAACCCCAAGCAAGGGAAAUGCACAGGGCCUCUUUCUUCCUGAUUGUUGUGUUUUUGUAGGAAAUCUCUCUAUCAAAGUGUCACUUGAAAAGUUGGAAGAAGAUCUUACAGACAUGAUCUCUACCUUCGGCCGGUGUCAUGUUAAGAUCAAACUGUCACAGGGGUUGAAAAAAUUACCUGUUGCAUUUGUACAAUUUGAAGACAUCAAAGCAGCAAAUUCUGCAUUGAAACAAAAUGGAAACCUGAUGCUCCAUAAUCGGGUGUUGAGACUGGAAUCAUCUAGGGCUAGACGAACUGCCCACUUCGGUUAUCUCACUGACGAGCCCAUUGAGAAAUCUGUAAUCGUCGAUGCGCUGAAGGGACUUGGGAGUCUUGAGGGCAUAGCUGUUGAGAACUACGUUAACCCACAAGGGGAAGACUCUACCUUUGGGGUUGUCACUUUCGCAUAUCCUGACGAUUACGCGGAUGCCCUUCAGCAUUUCCAAAACCACCCUGAUUAUUAUAUGACCAGACCUGCCAUGGAUCCCAACGACAACCAACUCUCCCAGGAUUACCCUGCUCCAGGACACAGGCCUUCUAACCAGCCUCUCCCAAACCGUGGCAAUCAGCAGCGAUACAACAACAAUGGCCGCAGAUCUUUUCACCGUCCAUGGUACAGCGGCGGUAACAAUAACAGAGGCGGAUUUCGAAACGCUCCUGGUGCUGGCCCCAGACACCAAAACACACCCUUUGCAAAUCACGGUCACAGCCAAAGCUUCAAUGGCCAGGGCCAUUCGCCUCACGGCUCUUUCUCUCAGAACUACCCCGGUGGUAACGGUUUCCCUCAGAACAACUUCAAUCAGGGCUAUCCCAACCCCAACUAUCAGAACUUCCCUGGUAAUAACUUCCCCCCGAACUAUCAGGGCAACAACUUCCCGCCAAAUUAUCCCAAUCAAAAUUUCAUACCUGCGGGUGCAUUUCCUAAUCCUCCUGUCAUGUUCAGCCAAAUUCACAUGCAUGACGGCCCGCCACCAUAUCCUGCUGAUUACACUGCUAUGCCAACCCCAGGGUUUCCUGUGUUCUUGGGCAAUCAAUCAUAUCAGCCUUCCAAUCCUCUUCCUCCAAUUGUAACUCAACCUCAGCCUCAGCCUGUUGCUGGUCCUGUUCCCGGCCGCCGCCGGUUGCCACCUCGUCCUGACUGUCCCUUGAUUGUCUCCAGCCAGCCCCAAUUUGACACAGAACAUCACCGACAACUCUACUACGAGCCAUAUCCCGCCGAUGAUACAUUCACCAAUAUGCAGUCAAGCUGGGUUGGUCCCCCAGGCGCUUGUUUCGUACAGCCUGACUACAACCAGCCCUAUCCGCCCAAUGCAUAUCCUCAUAGUCGCCAGUCUAGUGUGGGAAGUCAGCAAAACAACAGUUCGCCACCCAGAGUCAAUGAAUCCAAAUCAGCUUUGACACAAACUAAAGUCCAGACCCCUGAGACUGAGAGAGGCCGCCAACUAGCCCGGCCACGCCACCCCAACACUGAUGGAGGCUCCGACAUGGCUCCAGUGUCUGCUCCUGCCAAGACCCAAAGUGAACCAGUCUCUAUACAAGCCCUGGAUGAUUCACAUGAGAUGACCAGCAUGGUAAAUGUGAGCAAGUCCACUGAGACUCACAUUGGGUCUCGCGCACCUGUAAAAGAAACUAUUGAGUCUCAGAGCAAAUCCGCCGAGCCAGAGAAUGAGCUCAACUCGCCUCAGUCUGAAUCCACCUUUGUUCCAAGUCGUGAUAAACAGAAAGAAAGGUUGAUGGAUGAAGUCAAACUCCCAUUGAGGAUUGACACCAAGAAUGAAGAAAGUACCGGGUCCUCGUCCGAGGCUGGCCCCAAGACACCAGAUACAGAUGAGUCUCGGGAGGACGCUCAACUUCAGACUCCAGUCCAGUCUGAUUCAGUGAAAUCAGCCGAUACUAAGACUCCUGAUACCACCGAGACCCUCAAACCAGUCGACAAGAGCGCUCCAAGCAAAAACAAGUCCCCGGAACUGGCCACAGCCACUCCAACUAAGAGUAACAACAGAAGGCUCGAGCCUGCAGUGCCAGAAAACAGACACCUAUUGGCCCGCCAUGCUUUCCAGCAUCGCAGACCUCUCAAGAAAAAGUACCAGCCCAAGACCGACACCGGCAAAACAAUUGAGCAGUAUACCCGUGAGAUUAACGCGCAGCGUGCCUCGGCUGAUCCUGACUCGCGUGUCCCUGACCAUAUCUUGCAAGAAGUCAUCCAAGAGCUAGAGAGUGAGCGCAGAGAUGCUCUACGGAAAAGCCGAGGUCUUGGUCCCAGUGACAGUAGCAGCGUUGACAGUGGUACUUCCUCUAAGAAGUAG